UUCAAUCGUAUUUUUGCAACCAAAAUGGCUGGAAUCGUUGUGGUUUUUGAUUUUGACAAAACCAUCAUUGACUGUGAUAGUGAUAAUUGGGUUAUUGAUGAACUGGGUUUUACCGACUUGUUCAACAAGCUUCUCCCUACCAUGCCUUGGAAUUCUGUCAUGGACACGAUAAUGAAAGAGAUCCAUGCACAAGGAAAAACCAUUGAUGACAUUGUUGAGGUUCUGAAACGAACUCCUAUACAUCCUAGGAUCGUCCCGGCUGUUAAAUCAGCUCAUGCCUUAGGGUGUGAACUGAGGAUCGUAAGUGACGCAAACAUGUUCUUCAUCGAGACAAUCCUGCAGCAUCUUGCACUGAAGGAAUAUUUCUCUGAGAUCACCUCAAAUCCAGGCUUUGUUAAUGAAGAAGGGAGGCUGAGGAUCUUCCCUUACCAUGAUUUCGCCAAGUGUUCCCAUGGCUGCAGCCUCAAUCUUUGCCCCCCGAAUAUGUGCAAGGGUGUGAUUAUGGAAAGGAUUCAAGCUUCCUUAGAGGGCAAGAAAAAGAUCAUAUAUCUUGGAGAUGGUAUUGGCGAUUUUUGCCCGACCCUAAAGCUUGGAAAGAGUGACUAUAUGAUGCCAAGGAAGAAUUUCCCAGUUUGGGAUUUAAUUUGCAGGAACCCUAUGCUCAUCGAGGCUGAGAUUCACGAAUGGAGUGAUGGCGAAGAUCUCGAGCGAAUACUUUUGCAGCUAAUCAACAUGGUUUCUGUCGAUCCUCGAUUCAUCUCUGUGGACUGCAAACUGCAAACCUUUUCGGCAUCCAACCUUACUUUGCCCAAGCCCCUGCCUGUUCGUCAGUAGAAGUGAUGUUUUAGGUCUUGUUUCCCUCUAAUUGAAGCAUGGUUGAAAUAAUUGUAGAGUUAUUAUCCUAGUUGGUUGAGUCUUAAUUAUAGAGGUCAUAAUUCAAGUAAGUUUAAAUUUGAACGUACAAUAGUCUUGAUUAGAAGUUCAAUGGUUAUAUAUAUUACUUUCGGUUGUUGAGUUGAUCUAGCGUGAUAAUAUAUUAGAUCAUUUGAAUAAAAUAUAUUAAGUUGGGACAA